AUGCCGGAGGCUCGAGAAGUCGUCACUUUCAACCAUUUCCUGGAAGCAGCUGCAGAGAAGGAAGUCCAGGGAAAAGCCAGACUACAGAAUUUCAUUGAGAACCUAUUACAACGGGUUGACCUAGCUGAGAAGCAGUUAGAGUAUUAUCAAAGCCAGCAGGUCUCAGGCCAUGGCAAGGGGGCCAGCGAGCACUUGUUUACAGACGUCGCCUCAAAUAGGAAGUCCAAAUGCCUGUGCCGAGGGGGCCCGCACCCUGCCUGCCACAACCCAGACCUCAGGGCCCACUUCCACGCAAAGGGAAGGAAUUCCUUGAGGAAAGCCAAGGAUGAGCGAGGCAGCGUGCAGUCAGCUAGGUUUGCCCAUGACCUCGCCGAUUCCCCGAGAGAACUCUGGAGACCCAUGAAGAAAGGGGAGCCGCUGGGCCCGACCCGGAAAGUCAACGUCAAGGCAAAAAUGGUCAAAAAAAAGCCAGCAGCCGUCGUGAAUGUCAUCUGAAGAGGGUGGGGGACUCCAAGCUGCCAGUCUUGAGUUUGAGGAAGGGAAAGAACUGGAUCG